GUUCAACUCUGUCCAGGUUGUUGGUUUUCUCGUCGUUAAGCUAAACAGGCAUUUUGUUUCCACCAAUAUGUUCAAAGGUUUAGGGACGUGGUUGGGUUUGGAGAACCCGCCGUACACGAAGACGCCGGACGACAAAGAAAACCUGGCUGUGGAGCAGGAAGAGAAGGUGGUGGAAGCACAGAACGAGGUAAACAAACAGCAGCCAGCUGACCAGGAUGGAGGACCAGAGGCGGACCAGGAAAACUCUGAGCAGGGCAAAGGACUUAGUGAUUUCAUCUUCAGUUUCGCCUCCAGUGCCACGAAGAAGAUCUCCGAGUCAGUGGUAGAGACAGCUCAGACCAUCAAGAAGACUGUGGAAGAGGGGAAAAUCGACGGCAUCAUAGACAAGACUUUUCUAGGAGACUUCCAAAAGGAGCAAGAGAAGUUUGUCCAAGAGAAGAAGGCAAAAAAAUCAGACUCAGCAGUGCCACCUUGGGUCGGCUACAAUGAGGAGGAGACAAUCCAGCAACAGAUCCUUGCUCUGUCAGCUGACAAGAGAAAUUUCUUGCGAGACCCUCCCGCUGGCGUUCAGUUCCACUUCGACAUGGAGCAGAUGUAUCCUCUGGCUGCAGUGAUGCUGGAGGAAGACCAGCUCCUCAACCGCAUGCGCUUUGACUUGGUUCCUAAACAUGUGAAGGAGGAGGUCUUCUGGAGGAAUUACUUCUACCGGGUGUCUCUGAUCAAGCAGUCGGCUCAGCUCACAGCGCUGGCAGCCCAGCAGCAGCAGCAGCAGCAGCAGCAGCAGCAGCAGAAGGACGGUGAGGACACAGGGGCCAGCGUUUCACCUGAGGACAUCGUCUUAACAGACAACGUCAGACCAAAAACUCCACCAGUUUCCAUCAGCGACAUACAGAAGACACCUCAAGAAGAAGAGGAGGAGAUGUCGACAAGUCCUGGAGUAUCCGAGUUUGUGAGCGACGCUUUCGACUCGACGGCCAUCAACCAGGAGGACCUGAGGAAAGAGAUGCAGCAGCUGGUGCUGGAUAAGAAGGAGAGCGUCCCCUCUCCUGACGAUGAGUCAGCAGACUGGGAGAAGGAGCUGCAGCAGGAGCUUCAGGAGUACGAGGUGGUGUCCGAGUCAGACAACAAAGACGACCAGUGGGAUCAAGAGAUCGAGAAGAUGCUCCAGGCUGAUGAAAACUAGACAAAGCCCCCGUGUUUGUCUCCUGUACGGUGAUCUGGCCCAGAAUGGAUGACCAGCGAUGCACAAGGGGAUGAACUUCUACAUCCUCUGCCCCACCCAGCUGUGAUUACUGUCAUGUAAACAUUCUCUUGUACCUGAUGAAGAUGUAGAUCCAAUAACAGCAAGAGUGUGUAGCCUCUGCUGGCAACAGUGGUUAUGUUCAGGUGUAUUAGUAAACAGUGCUACUUUAUUGCUCCUUCCUAAAUUGGUUUUAUCAACAUGCUCUCCUCUACUCUGUCUCAUUGUGACGGGGAAAAUCCUCUAGAGGGCACUCCAGUACAAGUACCAUGAAUUUUAUAAUGGAGGAAGGGCCUGUUUGAGUUUUAUCUGUUUCCCCUGCUGCUUUCUGGUGGGUUGUACAGUAAAGUCUUAGUAUAGUUACAGUAGACUCAAAUGUAAAGUUAGAUUUAUGUAAAUAAAGCUGAUUCUAACACUA